GCUCAAAUAUAGGCGAACUUUUAUUUUCAUGGCGGCUACUUUGGAAGGAGUAAUAGCGAAAACAUACAAAACUAAAACAACAGCCAAUGAAAGAAGCCCUCACAACUGGAAAAGGCUUGACUUUCGCAUAUAUUGACCGUAAAUUGAUAUAUUUCAGACCACAAUUUAUAACUGCAGCUAAGCCACAAGACAUUUCCUAUAUCUAUGGCCAAAAUUUGCUCAUAAAGUACAGGGGAACUACUUCCUGCGUGGAUCAUUGGCGUUAGCUUUUGGCUGGAUUUGAAUUGAACAUUUUAAUUUGUAGCAGCCAUGGCGACCACAGUUCCACUUGCCUACCAGAAUGGCACAGGAGUACCAGAAUGGCUUAACAAAGGAGACAAUGCAUGGCAAAUGGUAGCUGCAACUGUUGUUGGACUGCAAAGCAUGCCGGGCCUUGUUAUCCUCUAUGGAAGCAUUGUGAAGAAGAAAUGGGCUGUUAAUUCUGCAUUUAUGGCUCUCUAUGCAUUUGCAGCUGUUUUGAUCUGUUGGGUGACUUGGGCCUACAAAAUGUCAUUUGGUGAUCAACUCCUUCCAUUCUGGGGAAAGGCAGGACCUGCACUUGGCCAGAAGUUUCUCAUCAAACAUGCCAUUGUCCCUGAAACAGUGCAUAAUUUCAAUAAUGGGACAGUGGAGACUUCAGCUGCUGAACCCCUUUAUCCUAUGGCUACCCUUGUGUUUUUCCAGUUUGUCUUUGCAGCAAUAACACCAAUCCUUUUGGCCGGUGCUUUACUUGGAAGAAUGAAUAUCAAAGCAUGGAUGGCUUUUGUGCCACUCUGGCUCACUUUUUCAUAUACUGUUGGAGCUUUUAGUUUAUGGGGAGGAGGAUUCCUUUUCCAGUGGGGGGUCAUUGAUUUUGCAGGUGGUUAUGUCAUCCAUCUAUCUUCAGGAGUUGCAGGUUUUACUGCAGCUUAUUGGGUAGGACCUAGGCUACAGAAGGACCGUGAAAGAUUUCCCCCAAACAACGUUCUGCUUAUGCUGACUGGAGCUGGUUUCUUGUGGUUGGGUUGGUGUGGGUUUAAUGGAGGUGCCCCUUAUGCUGCCAAUCUCGUUUCAUCCAUGGCUGUUCUCAAUACCAACAUAUGUGCAGCUACCAGUCUUCUUGUAUGGACUUGUUUGGAUGUUAUAUUCUUUAAGAAACCCUCAGUCAUUGGAGCUGUCCAGGGAAUGAUAACUGGACUAGUCUGUAUCACCCCAGGCGCUGGUGUUGUCCAAGGAUGGGCUGCUAUUGUGAUGGGAGUGCUCUCUGGUAGCAUUCCAUGGUUCACCAUGAUGAUAGUUCACAAGAAGUCAGCCUUGCUACAGAAAGUUGAUGAUACAUUGGCUGUACUCCAUACUCAUGCAGUUGCAGGGUUAUUGGGUGGGGCUCUUACAGGGCUUUUUGCAGAGCCUACUCUCUGCGGCCUCUUCCUAGCAGUAACCAAUUCCAAGGGAGCUUUUUAUGGGGAUGGUAUGCAAUUUGUUAAGCAAAUUGUGGCAGCUGCAUUUAUCAUUGGCUGGAACAUUGUUGUCACAAGCAUAAUCAUGUUGGUCAUCCAGUGUUUCAUUCCAUUGAGAAUGCCAGACGAACAUCUUUUGAUAGGAGAUGAUGCUGUUCAUGGGGAGGAAGCAUAUGCUCUGUGGGGUGAUGGGGAGAAGUAUGACGAUACAAAGCAUGGCUUUUGUGAUGAGACACAACAUGAUAAACUUGAUGGAACUACAGCCCUAGGGCUAACCAUAGAGUUGUGAUCUCCAAUAGGCCUCUUUCUCCUGCAACUAUCUUACAAGACUAGAGAAUUUCUUUUGUAAUUAAAAAACAAAAGAUGUAUUUUAUUUAGUUAAUGGUUGAUUUUUUACAUACGUAAAUAAAAAGAUGUAUUUUAUAUAGCA